GAAAGUUCUGCCGUCCGUCAAUCCGGGAUACUUACAACCGACCAUUCCGCAAGAAGCUCCUCAAACCGGCGAGAACUGGAAGAGUAUCAUGGAGGAUAUCGAAAGGGUGAUUAUGCCGGGGGUGACGCACUGGCAUUCGCCUAAUUUUCACGCGUACUGUCCUACAGCGAACUCGUACCCGGGUAUAGUGGGCGAGAUGUUGAGCGCCGGAAUUGGAUGCGUCGGAUUUAGUUGGAUGUCAAGUCCGGCGUGCACCGAAUUAGAGGUCGCAAUGAUGAAUUGGCUUGGUAAACUGAUCGGUUUACCGGAAGAGUUUCUGAACUGCUCGAAUGGAUCUGGGGGUGGAAUUAUUCAAGGUUCAGCAAGCGAAUCUACCUUCAUAGCGCUAUUAACCGCAAAGGAAAGGAUGGUGCGAAACAUUAAGAACGUACAUCCCCAACUCGACGAAGGUCUAAUAAAAGCGAAACUCGUAGCUUACACUUCGGACCAGGCGAAUUCGUCGGUGGAAAAGGCCGGGAUGUUGGGUUCUAUGCCGAUGCGACUGUUACCAACGGACCAAAACGGCUGUCUACGCAAGGAAACUUUGGAGGAGGCGAUCAGUAACGACAAAAAUGCGGGGUUAAUUCCGUGUUACGUGGUUGCCACGUUGGGCACGACGGGUACGUGUGCGUUUGAUAACUUGGAGGAGUUGGGUCCUGUGUGUAGAAGAGAGAAGUUAUGGCUGCACAUUGAUGCGGCGUACGCCGGUUCAGCGUUCGUCUGUCCCGAAUAUCGCUACCUAAUGCGAGGAGUGGAAUAUGCGGAUUCCUUCGACUUCAAUCCGCACAAAUGGAUGAUGGUCAAUUCCGACUGUUCGGCAAUGUGGGUGAGAAACUCGAGGCACUUAGUGGAGGCUUUUAAUGUUGACCGAAUUUACUUGCAACACGAACACGAAGGAGUAGCUCCCGAUUAUCGUCACUGGCAGAUUUCGUUGGGGAGGCGAUUUCGCGCGUUAAAGCUGUGGUUCGUUUUGCGCAGUUACGGCGUUGAAGGCAUUCAAAAACAUAUACGCUCACAAAUUGAGCUUGCCCAUUACUUUGAAAAGCUGGUGAAAGAUGAUUCGCGAUUUGAGUUCGCCUGCAGCUCCAUGGGACUAGUCUGCUUUAGAAUGAAAGCGGGGGAUCGACUUACACAGACUCUCGUGGAUAAGUUGACGCAACGCAAGAACAUUUACGUAAUUCCUUGCUACUUUCAAGGAAAUUACGUUGUCAGAUUCGUAGUGUGCAGCAGGUUGACCGAAAUCAGAGAUAUUGACUAUGGGUGGAGGGAAAUUUGUGAGGUUGCUUCUGAAAUUUUGAAUGGAUACAUCACGGGUAAACCAAAUGGUGAGCUUGUAUCGUUACUUACAGUGUCUAAUAGGAGUAAAAGAAGAGAAAAUUGUAUAGAACAAUGAAAUCACAUGGCGUUCUAGUGCGUUGUUAACAUAUUUUAGUUAUUAUUAUUACAAAAAACCCUUAUGCCCUGUCUAUGUGAUAAGAACUAAUGCGAAUGCAUUUGGUAUGGGCGCCAGUUAAUUAAUAAGGGGGAUAUUACUUUUUUUUAAAUGAUCUUGUUAAAAAAAUAUUACUAUAAGUGCACCAAGCGAUGCAAAAGGUAUACAAGUAGAUUUCAUAGUAUCAUUUUGUAUGAGAUUAGCUGGUAGAACCUUCUACCGAAGGUUUGAGCGAUUGUCAACAGUACAGAGGAGUUCGCCGCCUUGGUGAUGGAAAAUGCACAACUUAAGUUAUUAAGAUAACGUAAUGGGGCUAUUGCAUCCUUGCAGACCUUUUGAGGUUUGGCCAAAAAUGCACUUUUAUCUGACCGGCAACUGUCCAAACAAUAAAACGUACUUCUUUUAGUCUACCCUUCUAGGACAAUUGCAAUUG